AUGACGCAACGACGGUCUAGGCGGCUGUUUUCCCAGACUGAGAACAGCUAUGAGUCUCGUAUCCAAUACCUAGAGGAGGUUGUUCACAUCCUAGUGGCUGGAUCAAACUCGACUUGCUUUCCUCUUUUCUCUACAACUCCUCUUGCCGGCUCGUUCCGGUAUUCAAUCAAACGAGGCCUUGAGCCAGUUCUACCUGACAAGACAGCGAUUUCUCUAGCUGCGGAUUGGCGGAUUGGACGACCAAUAAGACGGAAAUGUUUUAGUUCCCCGCCUCGUAGUCAAAAUCGACUGAUUACCACCUGCGAUACAUCCUUGCACCCAGCCAGGGUACCGUUGCCGACACCCCCUAAUUCUUUAACGAACCCUGCUUCACCAACGACUAUCGGCGUUGCCGAUAGUGCUAACACCGCCAAGAGCUCACCCACCUCCGAUCUGGCGAACAAGCCAACCGACUUCUCCCCUCUUGAUAGCCCACGUCCCUCGUCUAUCUCAGCGUCACCUACUGAACUCCCAGGCCCUCAGCCGGUUUCACAUCGGUCUCCCAGCGCAAGGAAGACUGUAUGUACAACCUCAAAUCCCUCAAGCCCGCAAAAUUGGCCAACGGCCAUCCAUUCUAUCAACACAAUUGCUGUCAGACCCAAGAUUGUUGCGCAAACUCAAGAACCCACCCAAAUCGAUCAUCCUAUCAACAUUUUCUUACCCGCCAAAUCAUCAAUGUGUUUAUUGGACAACAGAACGGCCGAUAUCUCCCCGGCCUUGCCAUCCAAAACCAAUCAGAACAAAGGACCAUCUCCUUUUCCACCUUCCCCAUCCUCAUCCUCAGCUCAUCUCCCUACUACGGCAACUGUUAUUGAAUCGCGUGAUCAGUCUUUGACUCCAUCGGUUGUCAAUGGGCCUGCUCCCACUACUAAAUACUACAAUGACAUUGACAAUUGCCUCAAACUUUCUGGUGUAAAUGAAACCAAAAAGAAGAAAAAGAAAAAGAAGACCAUCAAUUCUAAAUCCAACUCCUCCACUACCUCAUUGGCCCAACCUGUUGACACCCUAAAUACUCCUGAAAAAGUAUUGCCAUCACCACAUGUUGACGUACCAACAGCGGUUGUAGGAUCCUUAACUGUGAUGGAUGAAGAGACCUUGGCCGCCUUUAAAAGACAAAAUGAUCCCCGCUACCGCCCAAUUGAAGAUUCAGAGUUUGUUCCAUUUGAAGACUGGUGA